AUUAUUUUUGUUGUGUAGACCGCAGCCCUGUAAGCACCUACCUGUAUAGGGUCUGCUGGGAUAUCAAGCUGGGUUUUAAGGCUGGAGUUGGAUCAUAUUUUCCCAUAAAGCUUUAAGUUUGAGGAUUUUUUGCCUGGGACAGAAAAACAGAUAGGAAGCAAGAAACUUGGAAACUCAGGGCUCGUACAGGGAGCGGCCUGCAGCAUGUCUGGAUCUAUACCAUUCUACCAGAAGCAUCAUCGCCACUAUGACCGUGGCUACCGUAGAAAGGAGAUGGAGUCUACGUUGAGCCAGUACCAGGCCAGCAGCAGCAGCAGCAGCAGCAGAUACAUGGCUGGUAGCAGCUCCUCUGUCAGCAGUAGGAGCAGAGGACUGAAAGUGUCCUCGCACUCUGGGCUGGAACAGAGCAGACUGAGUCCUGUACCAAAUAGAGCAAAGCCAACUUACUUGGCUGUGGACAAAGAAAACCAAAUCAUCGGUUAUGUAGUGCCGAUCUUCAGGGGCAGUCAAGAGUUUGUUACAGGACUUUCAGAUACAGAGGAAGCAAGGGUGAGGGACACUGCUGCAUACAUGGCUCGCAGGGAUUUGUUCACCAGUGGCGUGGAGAUGGAGAGGUCACAGAUCUCCAGGAAGGAGGCCAUGCGCGAGUCAGCUGAGCGCAUCUCUCUGAACAAAAGGCUCCAUGAACACGAGGAACACUUCAAGCGCAUGAACGAAGACAGCCUGAUGCACGCCCCGGAGUUUGUGAUUAAACCUCGCUCCCACACAGUGUGGGAGAAGCAGUGUGUGCGGCUGCACUGCACUGUUACUGGCUGGCCCGAGCCCCGGGUCGUCUGGUACAAAAACAAUGUGCCAAUUGAACCCCUUGCCAACCCUGGCAAGUAUAACCUUGAGAGCAAAUACAGCGUGCAUUCACUGGAGAUCAACAAAUGUGAUUUCGAUGACACGGCGCAGUAUCACGCCUCUGCCAUGAACUCCAAAGGGGAGCUCUCUGCGUUUGCCUCUAUCAUUGUUAAACGGUUCAAAGGGGAAGUUGAUGAGUACCUGCCAUCACCGAGGCGGGCCGUUUCUCAAGAUGGUCCAGUGUCUGAAUAUGGCAUCAACUUCGAGACACACAUCGUCGAUAGGUUUGGUGUGUCAUUUGGAAGAGAGGGGGAGACCAUGAGUCUGGGGUGCACAGUCAUCAUCUACCCUACUCUGCAUCGCUACCAGCCAGAGGUGCAGUGGUACAAAGAUGAUGUUCUGCUGUCUCCAUCCAAAUGGUAUAACAUGCACUGGAGCGGCGACAGAGCCACACUGACGCUCACACACCUCAACAAAGAGGACGAGGGUCUCUACACUCUGCGCGUCACCACCAAGUCUGGAUAUGAAACCUACUCGGCCUAUAUCUUCGUCAGAGAUUCUGAUGCUGAGAUUGAAGGUGCACCAGGUGCUCCCCUGGAUGUUCGCUGUCUGGAUGUCAACAAGGACUACAUUAUAGUCACUUGGAAGCAGCCAGCUGUUGAUGGUGGAAACUCCAUCCUGGGCUACUUUGUGGACAGGUGUGAGGUUGGCACCACUCAUUGGAUCCAGUGCAAUGACACUCCAGUCAAGUUCGCCCGUUUCCCUGUGACCGGUCUCGUGGAGGGUCGCUCUUAUAUUUUCCGCGUGCGUGCCGUCAACAAGAGUGGCAUGAGUCACCCGUCCAGAGUGUCUGAGCCUGUGGCUGCCAUGGACCCAGCAGACCGCGCCCGCAUGAGAGGUACAACUGAACUACAC